GUGAGUGGGAAUAAUGCUCGAAGCACGAAGGUCGUUCUGUGUCCCGUACAGCCGUCUAAGUACGUUGCAGACACACUAACCAAGUCUCUUGCAUAGUCACAUUGUAAAUGGCCGCAGUCCAUGUGAACUGCCACUGCAUGCAAAUUCCGAUCGAGCUGAAAACUCUUCUGACCAAUUUGUCACAGACGGCUUGAGUUUCGUUUCGACAUGGUGACGAGUUGCUGUGCCGUGGGCUGCACUAACAGGAAAACCCGCAAUUCUAAGCUUCAUUUUUAUACAAUCCCCAAACGCAAGACCCCGUUUGAGCAGCGUAGGCGUCAACUGUGGCUCGAGGCCAUAAGUCGGGACAACUGGCCUGAACAGCAGGUAAACAAGGCCUUCCUGUGCAGUGCUCAUUUUAUAUCUGGGAAGAGGUCGGAUGAUCCAGAAAAUCUAGAUUUUGUGCCGUCAAUAUUCAACUUCACGUCAUCUCAGCCCUAUUCCAGAAAACAUGGCAGGAAAGUUGGGAAAGUGAGCAAACUUAAAGACUCAGUCUCGACUGUUCCACCGUCAACUCUAAGCACAGCUUCAAGCACGUCGACUCGGGAGCAGAAUGAGAACUUCACAGGCGGCAAGUCUCGUCAUCAACAACCCGAACUUGCGGGGUGUGACCACCUAGAUUCAGCGUGCAGACUAUCACAGACAAUAGCUGUUAGCUUGACAAAUACAUCUUCCGAACCCUCAGCGUCGGGGUGUAAUCAAAAAAGUUCAAAGAUCAGCAAUAAACAAAAACUUACAACCAGACUUUCCAGCACAUUUCCCCUACCCUUAGAUUUAAGAACAAACUUUCCAGGAAAACAGGCGGUUAUUGAAUCACUGAAGACCGCUGAAUCAAUUGACGAACCGUUGGAUUUCAGUGCUGCUUCUUACUCAGCGGAGACAACUCAUCGUGCUAAUUCAGCCUUUGAAUUCAAUUCAGGCCAGGCGAUACAAGGGUGUCACGAUUAUUUGAAUCUAAUAAACGCAGCCAGAUUAAAGCACAGAAUGACACAAAUGGUCGGUCAUUUACCUACUCCAGACAAGUCAAUCAUUUCGACAGAUUUCCAAGAUCCAAAUGCACAAUACCGCCAACCUAGAAGGGACUAUGAUGGAGCAAUGGAUAUGACGUCAAAGCAUAGAAACCGUUUGCCUCAAUAUCACACCUGCACUUCCCAACUCUCAGAGGUGUUAACGCCAGUAAAGGUGUCAUGUAAAGGCAAGAAUGGAUAG